GUUUUGGAAACUUCAAGAAUUGAGCGAAACAAAAAAAUGCCACCGAGCUCUUUUUUAACACCAUAAAAGCAGAAAAUUAAGAUGAACUUUUACGAUUUUAACUGUAUUGAUUCCAUAAGUUAACUUUCCAAAAUAAGCAUUUUGUACUGGAAAAGUUGUUUGGACCCAUGAAUUUUACGCCUCUUCCAUAAAACCUGUGCUUUAUUUUUUAGAGAGCACAAAAUUUUUGCUUCUCUCUCGGGAGUUUGAAGCGUAUUUUGCUCCCUAUUUGAUGUGACAUUCUUGUUCAUCUUGAAAUUCUAGUUGCCUAAUUAAUUGGCAUUUUUUCAGCGAUUUAAUGUAAUUAAAAUCACACAGAAAACUUUCCUCGGGUAAGUUGCGUUUCCUAGCCGAAAACAUCUCCAAGAAAGUGCUGGUGGACACAUUUUUGGAAAGCAGCUUUGAUGAACUGAAUCUUCUUCAACUCGUUCAACUUGGACCAUCUGCAAUAGUGAAUGACAUUAAGUACUUUUCCUUUGGACAUUGAGACAUUAAGGAUCAAAAGUGCAGCAAUUUUCCUCGUCGGAAGGAACAAUCAAAGCAUCUCUGAACUCUUAAAAUGAAACUUUUGCUGCGAGCCUCAUUUUUUCUAAAGUGAAAAAUUAGUGUGGUGUUUUGAAAACAAUAUUAUGCGCGGACAAUUAAUUUUGGACCUCAAGUGUGUGCAAAUGCGCAAAUUUGCACUUCGUAAAUAUUGUAUUCAUGAUUCCUCUGUUACCUAGCAUAAAAUUGGACUGCCAGUGUUGAGCAGCAGCGACCGAUGCCGAAAAACAGAAGAAACCGGUCAAGGAACCGCGGUGGAGGAAAUGAGAGGGCCAAGAUGAGAAUGGACGACGUCCGAGGCAGAGUCGGUGGUGGUGCGCAAAGGAGAGAAAAUGAACCAAGAGCUGGCAGGGGCAAACGGAGCUCCAACUCUCCUCGAAGGCGUGAGCUUGGCCAUGUCAUGCAAAAUGCUCGCAGAGACGGUGGUCACAGUGCUUACUGGACGAAACGCCUUCUGGAGGUCGAGGCCAGAGUUCCCGAUAGGUGGCGGCAUAGUGGCUUUGAUGAAAUCUACAGGGAUGAGCUGAGGAAGUCGAGCCACUCGAGAAGUUCAUCUUCGAGCAGCAACACCUCUCGUAGUCGCUCUCCUGUCGAGAGACCAAAGUCUCCUGUUGGUCGACGUCCCCACACUCCAGUGAAGGCAACAAAAGAGAAAACUCAGAAGGCUCGACCAAGGUCACCUCCAUCCCCACCAAGUAGACACAGCGAAUCAAGAGAGCGGUCCAGAGGUCGGCCAAGGACACCUGCACACCGACGAGGUCACCGAAGAUCGAACCGCUCCUCAUCUUACUCAUCUUCGGGAAGCGACAGCUCUUGCUCUGACGAGGAUUGUUCCGUCUGCACCCCCAAGAAUCGUAAACAGCAAAGAAUUUCGCGCUCUCCUCCAUCACCCCCAUCCCCUCCCUUUGCCAAGAAGGCCAUUAAAAGGGUUGUUAGCAAUAAGAGAUUGGGCAGAAAGACUCCUCCCGAGCCGGCAGGGGGUAGAAAGAAGCAAAGGGUUGGGCGGCCCAAGUCUCCUCCACAUCCGAGAACCCCGGUGGGUUCAUCGAGCGGCAGCUCUUCGAGCUCGUCUGAUUCUGAAGGUUCUUCGGGAGAAAUCAACGAAACGCCCAAGAUGACUCUCUCGGAGCGCUUUGGAAAAAUGGCCCAAUGGUCUGUUGAUAGGAGGGAGUAUGAUUCCGUUUCAAUGAAAAUCACCAAGGACUCGGCUGCCCCUGGCAUGAAAGUGGUGAUAGCGGAAGAUGCCGUCGAGCUUGAUUUUCCACUUUCUCGACAUGAAAGACCUGUCGCGAGGCGUGAAUCUCCGGAGAGAGACUAUGCUUUCCAUUACGAGCGCCGUCGCUACUUUUUCGAGAGGACUUUCACGGAGGAAAGACCUGCCGGUCCUGACGCUCCGGUCAAUUGGUCUGACCCUUUGAUCCGAUACAGUUACUACCGCCGAAAGGGUCUUUUGUGGGAGCCAGACGUGUCAUUUGACGAAUAUUUUAAAUGGGAGACUUGGUGGCAGAGGUACCAGGAGUGGCUUGAGGUGGAGAGAACAUGUUAUGGGGAGGACGCUGCUCUGGAAAACGCCAGGAGGGAACGGGAGAGGGAUUGGGAGAGCUACAGGUUUUCAAAUCUGGGAAGGUCGCCACUUGAAAGGGAGUCGCUGCCGUUGCCCAAAAACGAGCCGUGGACAUCGAAAAGAAGCAAACUGGGCAGGAACAUAAUUAACAAGGGGGCAGAAGGAUUUGUCACUAGAAAGUUUCUUAAGACCUAAGGGAGAAGACAGAGAAUAAUUAGAUUUUUAAUGUUUUACUUACUACAUACUUUAAUUACUUUAAUUUUACAUUUAUAUCCUGAUAUAAAAUGAUUAAAAAUAAAAUCUAUGUAUUUUUUUUUAACUCGUGGUGUCAAAGAUGGAAUUUAUAAAUUACCUGAGCUCUCUUUUUUUUUGCUUCAGUCUGAUUAAAAAUUUUCUUUCAAAUAUUAUUUUAUUCUUCACUUUGCCAUCAAAUGUCAAUAAAUUUUAUUUUAAUAGUUGUGUAUUAGUGUAUUUGGUUUAUCCUUGAGAAAUAAAAUUGAUGAAAUGUGCUCUAAUUUCUGUGCGCAA